AUGGUGUGUGUUCCCUGUUUUAUUAUUCCUGUUCUUUUGUUCAUAUGGCAUAAAUUUAUUCAACCAUAUGUACUAAGAUUUUGGAAUCCUUGGGCCGUAAAAGAUGCAGAUGGCAAUGAAAAAACAGAGUUCCCAUUCAAAUGUGAAGGUGGUGUUUGCGCCUUUAGCAAGAAAUCGACCAAUAAUAAGACACAAGAAACAGAAACUUUACUAAAAAACCCUCAAGAAACUACAAAAGGCGCAGAUGUUAGAAUAAAAUCAGAU